UCUCCCACGGAAGUCUGGAAGUCCACCAUCCAAAAAGCUCCAUGGCGGCCGCCAAAUCCAUCUCCAAUCCCCCAACCUCCUCCUUCUUCCCAAAGUGCCCUCAGCUCUCUUCCGCUUUUACUACCAAGCCCUCCCUUCGUUUCCCCUCUCUCUCCAACCAGAGAGCACUACUCCUCCGCGCUGCUAUAUCCGAUGCUCCGGCGCCGACUACUGCGGUGGAAGCACCGUUCCGCCACUGCUUCUCGAAGUCCUCCGAUGGGUUCCUCUACUGUGAGGGCGUCCGGGUUGAGGAUGCCAUGGAGCUGGCCCAGCGAAGCCCCUUCUAUCUCUACAGCAAGGACCAGAUCUCCAGGAACUUCGAAGCUUAUAGACAGGCUCUUGAGGGGUUGAGGUCAAUCAUUGGGUAUGCCGUCAAGGCUAAUAACAACCUCAAGAUCCUCGAGCACCUCUGCGGGCUCGGCUGCGGUGCUGUUCUUGUUAGUGGGAAUGAGCUCCGGCUUGCGCUUAAGGCUGGUUUCGAUCCCGAGAGGUGCAUAUUCAAUGGAAAUGGGAAGAUUUUGGAGGACCUGGUCCUGGCUGCAAAGGAAGGGGUAUUUAUAAAUGUUGACAGCGAAUUUGAUUAUGAGAAUAUUGUCACCGCUGCAAGGGUUGCAGGGAGGAAAGUGAAGGUUUUGCUUCGGAUAAAUCCUGAUGUUGAUCCACAGGUUCAUCCUUAUGUUGCUACUGGAAACAAGAACUCAAAAUUUGGUAUUCGGAAUGAGAAACUGCAGUGGUUUUUAGAUGCUAUCAAGUCGCAUCCAAAUGAACUUAAGCUUGUUGGAGCUCAUUGUCAUCUGGGGUCAACAAUUACAAAGGUGGAUAUAUUUAGAGAUGCAGCGGUUCUUAUGGUAAAUUACAUCGAUGAAAUUCGAUCUCAAGGCUUUGAAUUGGAGUAUCUGAACAUUGGAGGUGGUCUAGGGAUAGAUUAUCAUCAUACAGGUGCUGUCCUUCCUGCACCCAUGGAUCUUAUCAACACUGUACGUGAGCUGGUUCUCUCUCGGAAUCUGAAUCUUAUCAUUGAACCUGGAAGAUCACUUAUUGCCAACACUUGCUGCUUUGUUAAUCGAGUUACUGGUGUCAAAACAAAUGGGACAAAAAACUUUAUUGUAAUUGAUGGCAGUAUGGCGGAGCUCAUCCGACCUAGUCUCUAUGGAGCAUAUCAGCAUAUCGAACUUGUUUCUCCUCCUUCUCAAGAUGCAGAAGUUUCAACCUUUGAUAUUGUGGGUCCUGUCUGUGAGUCUGCAGAUUUCUUAGGGAAGGAUAGAGUACUUCCAACUCCUGAAAAGGGAGCUGGUUUGGUUGUUCAUGAUGCUGGUGCGUACUGCAUGAGUAUGGCAUCAACUUAUAACCUAAAAAUGCGGCCACCUGAGUACUGGGUUGACAAUGGGUCAGUGGUGAAAAUUAGGCAUGGAGAGACAUUUGAAGACUACUUGAGAUUCUUCGAUGGCCUAUGAACUAUGAUUAUUGAUGAAUGAAAUCUGAAAGGAAGGUGACUUCUCGUUUGGGCUUUAAGUCAGUGUUGCAACUGUUUUCUUGCCGUGUAAUUUUAUUAGUGUAUUUGGAACAAUGUCUUUUCCAAUCUCCAUUGUACUGCCUAAGUUCAUUAUAUCAUUUUGGCUAGCAAUGUUCAAAUUAAUUGAAAAUUUAUUAGCAAAUUAUUCAUUGAGCAAUAAAAGUGUCUCAGACAAUUCUAUCA